AUGUCCGCGACGUUGAGGUCAACAACCCGCCACGCUUCCAAGGUGGCCCAGUCCAGCCGAGUGUCCCUCUACAAUACCGCUGCCCGCUACUACACCACGGACCUUAAAACCACCUUAAAAGAGGUGAUCCCUGAGAAACGUGAACAGUUCAAGCAGCUCAAGGCUCGCGGUGAUGAAGUCAUCGGCGAUCUCAAGAUCUCUAAUGUCAUCGGUGGCAUGCGUGGCCUGAAGGCCUUGCUGUGGGAAGGCUCAGUCUUGGACCCCGAGGAAGGCAUCCGCUUCCACGGCAAGACCAUCAAGGACUGCCAGAAGGAGCUCCCGAAGGGACCCACCGGCACAGAGAUGGUACCUGAAGCUAUGUUCUGGCUGCUCCUGACUGGCCAGGUUCCCUCGACUGCCCAGGUGCGCGCGUUCUCUCGUGAGUUGGCGGAGAAGUCGCACCUCCCACAGCACAUUCUGGACUUGAUCAAGUCUUUCCCUCGCAGCAUGCACCCCAUGACGCAGCUUUCUGUCGCUGUGGCAGCAUUGAACACCGAGUCCACUUUCGCCAAGGCCUACGAGAGGGGUCUCAACAAGGCAGACUACUGGGAACCGACUUUCGAGGACAGCAUUUCGCUUCUGGCGAAGAUUCCCCGUGUGGCUGCCUUGGUCUUCCGCCCCGAUGAAGUCGACAUCGUUGGCACCCAGCCCCUUGACGUGAACCAAGAUUGGUCGUACAACUUCGCCGAGCUCCUUGGCAAGGGUGGUAAGGAGAACGAGGAUUUCCAUGACUUGUUGAGAUUGUACCUGGCUUUGCACGGUGACCACGAGGGUGGCAAUGUCUCCGCCCACGCAACCCAUCUCGUCGGAAGCGCUCUCAGCGAUCCCUUCCUCAGCUACUCGGCUGGUUUGCUGGGUCUUGCUGGUCCUCUGCACGGUCUCGCCGCCCAGGAAGUCUUGCGCUGGAUCCUGGCCAUGAAGGACAGGAUCGGAACCAACUUCACUGAUGAGGAUGUCCGCACUUACCUCUGGGAUACCCUCAAGUCUGGCCGUGUGGUCCCUGGCUACGGCCACGGUGUCCUGCGCAAGCCUGACCCUCGUUUCCAGGCUCUGAUGGACUUUGCUGAUACCCGCCCUGAUGUCCUUGCCAACCCCGUCUUCCAGUUGGUCAAGAAGAACUCAGAGAUCGCCCCUCUCGUCCUGACAGAACACGGAAAGACCAAGAAUCCUCACCCCAAUGUGGACGCCGCAUCUGGUGUCCUCUUCUACCACUAUGGCUUCCAGCAGCCUCUGUACUAUACCGUCACAUUCGGCGUCAGCCGUGCCCUUGGACCACUUGUCCAGCUCAUCUGGGAUCGCGCCCUGGGUCUGCCUAUUGAGCGACCCAAGAGUAUCAACAUCAAGGGCUUGUUGAAGAACUAA